CUAAAAUGACAAGCGACAAGCACUGCAUCCUCAGUUUUACGCUAACAUAGUUACCUUUUAUUAUAUUGUGACUAAAUCAGUAAUUUUAUCAUCGAUUAAAAGUAUGCAUGACAAUAAUUACAUCGCUGAAUUAGAUUCGAUAUUCAAAAAUGAUUAUAACGGACUAAUUACAUUGGAAGCAACUGUGGAUACUGGUUUUGAAGGGGUAGCUCUUGAUGAGUGUAAGGAAAUGUUUGGGGCUGAGACCCCUUCUUUUAAAACAAGAGGACGAAUAUUUUUUGUGAUUCCUCAACAUGAAUAUUAUAAGGUACAUUGUUUGAGGGCUGUUGAUAACCUGUUUUUGAUUGGUGCGGUUAUCUCAAAUCUUCUUUCCUCCACAUCAAAUGAAAAGGAAGCUGAUCUCGAAGAAAUCAAAACACUACCGGACAAACUUGAGUGGAAGGACUCUUUAAAAAUAUGGAAAGACUGUGUAGGUUUCAAUGGUGUCUUGUAUCCGUCAAAAGAAGAACAAGAAGAAGGAAACAGAACAAAGAUUGCACAGUUGGAAAUUUUAAAGUCACUAGGUGUAACUGACCGUAUUGCCAUAACGGAAAGUCUCAACUCGUUUUCUCCGUUUUUGAGAUACCGAGUUACCUGUAAUAGAGUUGGAACACAUUCUUUUGGUUCGAUGGACGCAGCAAAAGAUUUUGGUGGGAGACUUCACGAUUUAUUCAAUUGGGUCAUUGAUUUGACUACCUACAAUAUUGAUGUAGUAUUGAACAUCUGUAACAACAAAGCGUAUGUGGGCCUCGGAUUGACUCGGUUGUCCAAACAUCGACGCAACAUUACACACUUUGGCCCGACAACUCUACGAGCCACAGUGUGCUACGGACUGCUGCGGCUCGCCUCGCCUCAGCCUGGAGACAUAGUUAUUGAUCCUCUGUGUGGCGGAGGAUCCAUACCUAUUGAGAGUGCGUUGGCAUAUCCACUGACAUACAACAUUUGUGGAGACGCUCAUGAAAAAGCCGUUGUUCGAAGCCUAAACAACAUUGACUCUCUGGGACCAAAGAAAACUGUACCAGUGGAUGUUUUACAUUGGAAUGCCACCAAAUUGCCACUGCGAAGUUCCUCUGUGGAUGUCUUCGUCACAGAUUUGCCUUUUGGUAAGAGGAGCGGGCACAAGACAGAUAACAGAUUGCUGUAUAAGAAUGUGUUGUUGGAGCUCGGGAGAGUCGUAAGGCCCAACACUGGCCGAGCUGUACUCUUGACUCACGACAGGCGGACGUUUGUACGGGUGCUGCCUCAGACGCAAGGCUUGUGGAAGCAGACCAAAGUACUUGGUGUCAACCUCGGAGGCUUACAAGCUGGCGUGUUCCAACUGCUACGGACCAGUAAACUUCUCUGAAUGUGCUGGUGAAGUAUCAGCUGAAACCAGAUGUUCCUAGGAAAGAAGGUGAUAUGGCGGACACUUUGGCUGAAUACAUAAGGAAUAUGAAUGUUAAUGGGGACAAGAUUGUGAAAAUGCUAAGGAUGGAACCAGUAUUUAAACUAAAAAGAAACUGAUGAAGGAAGAGAAAAUGAACAAACAAAUCCUACUACCAUGCCAAUUGCUCAACUGCUAGCAAAUAUAAUCAAUGGCUUGGUUUUGGAUGUCAAAUAUUUUGUUUGUAGUAAAAGUAAAUGAGUGGUCUA